GUGCUCUGGUCUCUCUAGCUGAUGAAGACGGCGGAUCUGGACCCUCGUUAUAAUUAUCUGUUCGGGUUUCAUCCUCACGGCGUUCUGGUGGCCGGCGGAUUCGGGAAUUUCUGCACGGAAGUGUCGGGAUUCUCUCGGAUGUUCCCCGGACUCACGCCGUACCUGCUGAUGCUGCCCUUCUGGUUCAGAGUUCCCUUCUUCAGAGAAUACAUCAUGGGCGGAGGGCUGGUGUCGAGCGAGAAGGCCAGUGCGAGUUACCUGCUGAGUCGUCCAGGUGGAGGUCAGGUGGCUGUGAUCGCGGUGGGCGGAGCUCCAGAAUCACUGGACGCUCGACCGGGGGCCUUAACCCUUCAGCUGCUGCAGCGCAAGGGCUUCGUUAAACUCGCCCUCAAACACGGAGCGUGGCUGGUUCCUGUCUUCUCGUUUGGGGAGAAUGAGCUCUUCGAUCAGAUGGAGAAUCCCGCAGGCUCCGCCCUCCGCCGAAUGCAGGACCGCCUCCAGAGGAUGAUGGGCGUGGCUUUGCCUCUCUUUCACGCCAGAGGAGUUUUCCAGUACAGCUUUGGUCUGCUGCCCUACAGGAAGCCCAUUCACACCGUGGUGGGGCGUCCCAUUGCUGUCGCUCAGAAUCCGUGUCCCAGUAAAGACGACAUCGACGCUCUUCACACGCUCUACAUGGAGGCUCUGACGCAGGUGUUUGAAGAGAAUAAAAAGAACUACGGCAUCCCAGAGGACAAACAUCUCACCUUCAUCUGAAC